UUUACUACUGCAAUUUGCUACAAAGGGUACAUUGACAAACUAUUGUUUUUGGCAGGUCCACGCUAAAGCACUCUAUUGCCCACUAACUUGUCUAUCCCCCCACGGGCUCGGAGGAUCUUUGUUGUCUUUCGGCCUGUUUUUGUCUCUCUUGUCCUGUCUUGUCUCUGUCUCUCUCAUGUCUCUUGUGCCUCUCUCGUGUCUCUAACAUCAGAAUCAACAUGAAAAAAAAGUGACUUAAAACCCAAAAAUAACAAAGUGACAUAGAUGGAAUUAAUCGGCAAGAAUCCCAUUGUUUAAAUAGUGGCAUCUGCCUUCCACCUUCCACGUUCACGUGUGUUACUCGUAUUUUCGCGAAGGCGCGCAAGAGAACAAGCCGAACCAAGCACGACCGACCCCCAUUCACCAACAGCCGGAGGUAUGCCCGCGCAAUAUCUAUACCCCAUCUCAGCUCGCUCCUCUUCCAGUAUCACCUCCCUCUAAUUGGGCAAGAAAACACACCUGCCAAAAACAUUCGAGCUAUACAGCUAUCUAUCUAUCUAUCUAUCAGCGACAGCCACGAAGCUGCUUGUUCGACAAGGCUGACGCUGACGCUGACGUCUGACCGACCCCACCAACCCAACCCCCAUCAAUCAAAUCAUGUUGCUGCCAGAGACCAUCACAGCAGCGCAGUUCGACAGCACGCUCCUGUGCUACCCUGCGCUGCUCAAGGCGCUGUCAGCGAGUAAGACCGUCAAGGGAGAUGCGGAGAGUCUGGAGGAGCUCGAUUGGUUUCGCUUUAUGAGCGCGCCGAAUCGGUAUAUGAAGAGGGAGGGCGAUAAGAGGGAUGUGCCGCUCGACAGGGAGGAUGUGGUGAGGUUGGUGAAGUGGAAGUUAAAACAUGGCAAAUUCCGCCCCAACCUCCUCAAGCUCGUCUCAGGCAACAGCCCCCAAGGCGUCGCCUCCACCUCCCUCGCCGCCUUCGCCAUGAAAGACAACAUCUCCGCCAUCCGCACCAUGUCUCUCCUCUCCGGCGUCGGUCCCGCCACCGCCUCCCUCCUCCUCUCCGUCCACGACCCCGACAACGUGAUUUUCUUCUCCGAUGAGGCGUAUCGCUGGCUCGUCUGCGGGGGGAAGGAACAGAGUAUCAAGUAUAGUUUGAAAGAGUAUGAGCAGCUCGAGGUGCGCGCUAAGGAACUCAUGGAACGACUCGGUGUCGGCGCGAGGGAGGUAGAACGAACAGCCUUUGUUAUCAUGCGCGGAGGCGCCGAGGAACUCAAACCCGAAUCCGCGGCUUCAAUCCAAAAUUCCAGAAUCACGCCCUCUCAGCGCCGAAAAUCAAACGAAGAUUCCGCACCACCAGAACGCACCUCCAGCCACCCCACACCACAUAAAUCAAAAUCAACACCCACCCUCAAACCCAACAAGACGACAUCCAGCGAGUCUCUUUCAGCGCGGAAACCACGCCCUCCCCGGCCUAAACUCCCGGAGUCCGAGAUCCCCGACCCCAAAACCCUAGCACGUCGCGCGUCCCAACGCCUCCGCGACGCUAACCCGCCGCCACCCUGUCCAGAACGCCCGCGCACAACGGAAGAAAAGCUCGAGACCGUGCUAGAGGAUCUAAAAUGCAAAGGCGCCGCGCUAGCGCGAGUAGUCAGCCCACCACCAUUACGAAACCGGCGGUUCUCGCGCGUUGGGGGGGAGGAAGGGUGUAAAGGUAUGAUGGAGAAACUGGACGAAGAAGAGCAGAAAGUCGAGGGUGAAGUUGGGAAUGCGCCGUUGUUGGGGAAGAGGGAUGGGUCGCCGAAGGAGAAGGGGAAGGGAGGGGAGGAGAAAGGGGAGGCGGGGAAGAGGGUUAGGAGGGGACGGUCGAGGAGGAGCGAGGAGGGCGAUCCGGAGAAGGUGGGGUGUAAGGCGGGGUGUUUGGGGAUGUUGGGACGGCAGGGGUGAUUGUGAGGGUUGUAAUGGGGGCGGGGGGGAGAGGGGGGGAGGUUAUGAGAUCCCCCCCUUGGGAUGGAUGAGAGAUGAUGUGAUGAUGGGAUGGGAAUAUACACGCAUGGAGCAAUGUAAUUAUUAGAUGGCUUUUUUUUUUACGCACACAAACGGCCCGGUUCUGGGAAGGGGUGUUGGCGCUGGAAGGGGG